CAAAGAGAGAGAGAAAGAAAGAGAGAGGGAGGGAAGGGCGAGGAAAAAAGAGGGAAGGCAGAGCUCGAGUAUCCAACGCGCGCUGCUAACCAAUUCCGCGCGAACGUCGCUCGCUUGCACGCGCUCGCGAGUGUACACGUAGACGUAGGUCGUAGUGUGCGAGACGAAUGUGUGCAGAGAAGCGUAUCCUCCCGUCGAGGAGCGUGGAACGGACGAGAGCGUCGAGCUGUCAGCGCACCCCACCCCAACACAGUUCGUCCCGGCCCUACGCUUUACCCCCACCACUGACACCACCACCGUCACCACCACCAUCACCGACACAACACGACGAUUCUGCCGCCUUCUUCUCCGUAUAUCCAGAGAGAAGAACGAGCGUGCCGGUAGAUGAUAUCCUGCCUUCCGAGCCAACAACAACAACAGCAACGGCAACAGCAACAGCAACAGCAACAGCAAUAGCAACGGCAACGGCAACAACAACCAACAACGUCGACGACGAUCAAAAUGGGGAGGAUGAGAAGGAGAGGCUGUGCCGCGCAUUGCGCGCUCCUCAUGAUAGCCUUCGAUCGAUUUGAUACGCUUUCGUAUUCCCAUACAACUAAGUAGGUAUGUUUCUCCUUUAUAAACGAACCGGUAAAAUUCAGAAAUAUCGAACGUUUUAUUUAGUAAAAAUUAAUGUUAUAAAUAAU